AUGUUAUUAUAUUUCAUUUUUCUUCAAUUAGUCAAUUCAGACUGUUGGUAUUCACAAGAUAAUGAAAUCAUAUAUGAUCCAAAUCUUUCAGGAAUGACAUGUAGUAAUCGUGGGUAUGGAUGGAAAUUAAUUUGGGAUGGAACAAUUGACUGGAUUAUAUUUACAGGAGAGUGUUGUGAAAAUAAUCAAAAUUAUUAUUCUAUUAGUUCAUUAGCAGAAAAUAGAAAUCCAAAAGGAAUAACAUUUGAUGAAUCUGCAUCAAUUUCAUUAAUAAAACUUUUACCACCAUUUGUAGAUUCUAAAUGGAUUAUUGAUGGAAGAAAUAUUAAUAAUGGAUGUGAAAUUUAUAUAGGAAAUACAAGAGAAUAUGUUAUAAAAGAUAAAGAAACAAUUAUUAUAAUUGGGACUAAAACACUAAAGAUAUAUUUUGAUAAUCAAGAAAUUAAUAUCAUUCAUUUUAAAGAAAAAGAACGACCUUAUAUGUUUAUUUCUGGAAAUUCAACUAUAUUAAGAGUUCAAGAAGAUUAUCAAAUUAAUGAAUGUCAUUAUCUUUUUAAUGCUAAAAAUGUUAUUGUUGAACAACCUAAUGACUAUGUUAUUCAAGGAAUUUGUUCAUUUAUGUCACAAACACGUUAUAUCGAAUGUCCUAAAUCUAAAUUUAUUGAAAGUGAUUGUAGUUGUUUUAUCAAAUCAACUGUUAGUGAAGUUUCAUUUACUGAAUUUACUAUGAAUUAUCCAGACUGUUUUGUAUCAAGUAAUUUCUUACCUUUAACAAUUAAAUCACACCAAACAAGAAUUAAAUUUGAUCAACAUAAUCAGUGGUUAAAAUUAAUUAUUGAGCCAAGAAUACAACCACUAUUAAUUCAAAGUGAUAAACCAAUUACUAUUAAAGAAGAUUUUAUUCUUCCAUCAAUUACAUUUAUUUUACAAACGAAAUUAAUUAUUUUAUCUUCUUUAAUAAUUCAAAAAAAUAAUGAUGGAUUUUAUUAUUUUAAAGAAAUUUAUGCUUCAUCAUUACUAGUAAAUGAAUUGAAUAAAAACAAAAUAAUAUUUAAUUGUGGUUCAUAUUAUAUUCCUAAUAAUUUUAAUUUACGAAUUGGUUGUAAAAAUGGUUUAUAUAAUAGAAUAGUAUUAAAUGAAAGUCAAAUAGAAUGUAAUUGUUAUUAUAAUAAUAAUACAUUUGAUCAAAAUGAUUGUAAUUAUGUUUCUCAAAUGGAAUCAAAUCAAUUAAAAUUAUUUGUUUUGAAUAAAAAUUAUUAUCAUCCUAAAACUGAAGUAUAUUGGAAAGAAUUAAUAAUUCAAAAUGGAAAAAUUGGAGGAUUUAUUAAAGCAGAUAAAUGUAUUUUAGAUAAUACAAUAAUAAUCA